AUGGGACCACCUCCUUCCCAGGCUAAAGCCACAGGACCAAAAAGAGGUGCUGCAGCAAAGGCAGCAGAGGCAGAGGAUCUGGAUGAGGUGGGUGAUAGUGGUGAGGCAAACACGCAGAAAAAGCAGAAGCGAGUGCAGAAGACAACUCACUGUGAUGCUGUUGGGGCUGUUCAUGGUGCCGCAGUAUCAGCUGAUACUGAUAAGAACAAUGAUGUUACUGAUGGGAUCACGGUGUUGAGUUCACGUGCAUCAGAUGCGGGCCCGAAAGGGAAUACAGCAAUUGGCUUGAAGAAUGCAGCCUACAAGGGCUCAGUCUCCGUGUGGGCACAUGGAGUUAAGAAUCCGAAGACAAGCACGUUGUCUCAAUUCACAAGGAGCGAAACACAUCCGACCAGUGCAUCGGGCAUCUCAGUGCCCACGCAGUUCACCAAAGUGACAAUGAUCAGCAGCGCUACUGCCCCCCCAAUAACUCCCGAAGGCUCAGAGAUCAACGACGAUGCCCACAUAGCAGGAUCUCUGCUGGAUGAGGAUGACGAGCCAGAACGAUUGGCGGCACAUGCCCUCACGAAUAUGAAGAAACAGCCAAGUGGUUUGCGUACUGCGUUAGGAGCAAUGGAUGUGGUUGAGGUUUGCAAUAGUUCACUGACCCUGCCUCCACCUCCGCCUUCACAAUAUCAAUUCACUCACUCCGAGUUGCUCCCCUCAUCUGUCGCAGGGGACGUUGUCAUGGAUGACAAUGAAGUGGAAUCAGAAGAUGUCAUGAUUGCUGAUAGUGUCGAGGCAAGCCCUGUCAUUGCUACGGGAAGCAAACGGGUGACAGCGAAGAAGCACGUCAAGAAGGAGCCGAUAGAUGCCCCAGAGAAGAAGGCAACCACUGCAGAGAAGAAAGCCACCACUGGAGAAGUCUUAAGAGUAAAGUACAAGAACAGUGAUCUUCCUGCUGGUUGCCAGGACGGUAAUACAUGGCGCGGCUUACUCAUUCCUACUAUCACUCAUGCUGCUGGUGGGGAUGAUGUCCAUCCAUGGCUUGUCGAGGAUGAUGCGCUGAUUCUGAUCCUCACGAAGGCUUGGAAAACUGUCUACGUGAAAAACCUCACACUCAUUGAUCACUCAAUUGUCCCAGGAGACGCUGUCUAUUACGUGGCUAAGCAACACUUGAGUGAAUGGCGUGGUGGAUUUGGUUCCGCUGCCGUCAUGAUGAUCACAAGUCUCAUGGCAGCUGACCCGCUCUAUGAAUCUGAGGAUAACCAUGUUGAAUUCGCAGAUUUUUGGCUUGAGGACAACAAGUUUCUCUUUGGGGAUGUUGACUCUGACAACAAGAAGGAAUGGUCAGGAAUGUGGCAGUCGACAUUCGUCCUGCAGACUUUCGCGGCGCACCUCAACUACACCCAAGGUCGUGUACCGGUCCCAGAGCUCAACAGCGAGGAGCCAGUUCUCCAAACUGCGCUUUCUCUCUCUGCAGCGGCGCAGGUCAAACAUGCCCUUGUUCUUCUUGCAAAUAAAGAGAUGACUUUCGAGAUCAAGACCACCACCUCUAAGGGCAAGAAGAAGCCUUCGUGGAAGGGUAAGGCAUUAGCUGCAGAAACCAAAUGGAUCGCCGUCAUCAGUGAGAACGAGACUUUUUCGGAGCCGCUCUGGGGAUAUGACACCCAAAUGUUCUUGACUGCCAUCAAUCGUGUUCCCGCUGACAAGAUGAAAACCAUAAUUGAACAAGUUCAACAAUACAUGAAGGCCACGACUCAUGCUGGAUGA